CGUCUGUCAGUAUCGUACUUGUGGUUUGAAUCACUGUAACUGCAGUAAUAAAAAUAUAUAAAUUAUUAAAUUUAUUAUAAAGUAGUAAAAAAUAUAAAAUAGUAAGUACAUAGGUCAAGACACAAGCCGUGCAUCCUGCAUAUACACUACGAGUACGGAGUACAGACGACCCCUUAAAAAAAGUACAGACGACCAUGACGGGCGCACCAUAACAUUCUGGGAUCCUUCGCGGCGCACAGUAGCCAACUCUGAAUCUGUGGAAUGGUGGAGCCGAUGGUUAAUUCAUGUCUUGACUAAGUUCACUUCAAAAUCAUAAUUUAUUCCACUUUCUUUGGACCGUGCGAGCGUUUCCAACUUAAUUCGUGAGAAUUAUCGUGAAUUCAAAUUGGCGGAUGUGAAAGUGUAAAGCCCUGAAAGCGGAUUGGAUUUUGAAGGAGUUGUCGAGAACGUCGACAGCAGAAUGCGUCGUACCACUUGUCAAGAAAUCGACAAUCUUGCUGAAAGAAAAUCCGAUGUUCUCCGGAUGUUUUCCAAAUGGGCUGUGCGCGAGCCACUCAGCGCGAAAACUCCCGAUGGAGAUAAAAGCAAGCUAGAUUCCGAGUCUGAUUUAGAGGCUUGCUGUCCGGUCAUUCCUCCUCUGGAACAUUUCCUCGAUAUGCCCACAGAGUCAAUGAGGACUAGCUUGCUGUCAAAGUUCUUUUUGGAUAUUCGGAAAGGCGACAUAGUGUACGGAUCUGUAUCGACCAAGCUCGUCUCUGGUUUAUCCCUGAAACUUCUGGCAUGUGAAUGGUCCCAAAUGGCGCGCCCUGUUGCCGAUCUGGGAAUUAAGGCAUUUUGUCCCUCUGUCUGUAUCCCUGCCUUGAAUCCCCGCCAGGAUCCCGUGGAUACGUAUGAAGCUAGAGAUUACGUUCGCGCCGUUAUCACUGACAUAAAUCCCGAGCACGAGAAAAUUGUGGUGUCUGUAUUGCCAGCUGAUUUACCGAAAUCUGAAAAAAUGUGUUCACUCGGCCGUGUUUCUUUUGACGAGCUACCCAGAUAUUACAGACAUUUGUUAGAUAAACCACCAUCGAGAAGAGACGAUGUUGCUUCCUACAUUCGCAACCAACGAGAAUUCGAAAACCCAGCCUUUCUUGAACUGAUGCGGGGCCACCUGAAUAUCUCGGAGAGCGAAUCAAGCAGUCGAUGGUAUUCCCUCGUCCCGGGUUACUGCGGCAAACAUGUUCCCAUUGAAGAAAAAGGAGAGCAGUUGACAAAAGUUCAGUCGCAGCGCUGGUCGAUGAAAAGCGUCGAGGAAGGUAUUAAGUUUAUGAAGGAUGGUGAUUUACCAAGAUCUGCCGAGGCCUUAAGUAAAGCUGUGGACAUGGAUAAAAGCAAUGUCGAAGCACUUGUGGCGAGAGGCGCAUUACACACAAAAAAGGAGGAUUAUCACAGAGCCAUCAAAGAUUUCGAAGAAGCACUUCGUUUAAAGCCAUCACAUCGGAAUGCAAAGAAAUACCUAGCCGACACAUUUUUUGCUCUUGGAAAGAAGUUCGAGAAAGAUGAACCGAAGCGAGCAGUUAAAUGCUACCGAGACGCUUUACGAUGGGAUCCCAGAUUCGAAGAAGCACUGGAAGCGAAAGAUGCUUUAAUGCAGCGCGAUCAGAAACCCACAGUCAAAGAAAUUCCGUCUUACAAUACCAGUUCGACCGCCGAAAAGCUUCGGAAACUGUUACACAGUGAAUCCACCGAAUCAACAAGUACACGAGGCAAACGGAAGCGGUCACGUAGCAGUUCUUCCGUAUCCGACCGGUCGCCGCGUGAAGGAAGUACCCGAGACCGAUCGCGAGUAUCCAAUGGAGGAAGUCACAGCAGUUCCCGUGCGCGACCGGAAAGCCGUCAAGAGGGCUCGGAACGAUCGCACAGUGGCGGCCGGGAUCGAGAGCGGGUGUUCCUUGAACGGACAACGUCCACCAGUAGUAGAGAGCUUCCGGCCACCAAAGUGGAUGUUUUGGAUUUAGCGGCGCAGCUGGAGAAGUUUCGCGCGGAAAAGAAAGCCAAAGCUCUCGCCACCAAUAAAGAUAUCCAGAAACGGACAUUUUUGUGAUAAUGUUGUGCGAUCAUUGUUUUUACCGCCUUUUAUCGUAAUUUGUAAUUCUUGUUACUGACUUCAAAGAGCAGCAAAUGUUUAAUUACAGCAUGAAAAUAGUUUAAGUAUGUAAAAAACAGAUCACACCAAAUCUGGUAGCGAA